UAUUUGACAUCGUCGAUCGAUCGUCCUUACCACAUAUAUACCCUUAAUUACCGGCGAACUGAGAGAUCGGAGAUGGCAGGUGCCGAUACCUCUGCCGGCGACAAGUACAGGUCUCACCUGGCUGGCGACGGCGAGAAGAACACGGUGUGGCGGCACGGCGCACCACCCACGUUCGAAGCCGUGAACAGCCUCUUCGAGGCCGAGAGGACGCAGGAGUGGCCGGCGGGGUCGCUGGAGGAGACGGUGCAGAACGCGAUCAAGACGUGGGAGAUGGAGCUGUCGCACAAGGCCCGGCUCGAGGACUUCAAGUCGGUGAGCCCCGGGCUGUUCCGGCUGUCCGUGAACGGCGGGAGGGCGCUCACCGGCGAGGAGACGCUGGCCGUGGGCAGCUACAACGCGCUGCUCACGAGCCCGAUCCUGCCGGGCGCCGGCGCGUACGACGCCGCGGCCGAGACGUUCGAGUCCUCCCACGACCUGUUCCGCGCCGCGUUCCCGCGCGGGUUCGCGUGGGAGGUGAUCCGCGUGUACUCCGGCCCGCCGGUGAUCACGUUCAAGUUCCGGCACUGGGGCCACAUGGACGGCCCCUACAAGGGCCACGCCCCCACCGGCGACAAGGUCGAGUUCUACGGCGUCGCCGUCCUCAAGGUGGACGAGCAGCUGCGGGCGGAGGACGUGGAGGUGUACUACGACCCAGGCGAGCUACUUGGCGGCCUUCUCAAGGGGCCCCUGCUGGCGCCGUCCGCGGAGGAGGGCGCCACGCGCCAACUCGCCGAGAGGCUCGCGGAGGCGGCUACCGUGCAGUCGGCGUCAGGCACGGCCCCGAAGUCGCAGGCCUGCCCCUUUCUCGCCUCCGGAAAGCGGGAGGAGAAGUGAGAUCGAGCGAGUGCGACAUGGUCGUGCCGAAUAGUGAAACGUGCCUGUCAUCCGGGUCUCGUCGCACUGUACCGCCCGGCGUUUCGCCAUCGUUGAUGAUCGAGGUGACACCGGCUCAAGACGUUUAUUUGCCCCUGUGUAGCGUGUGUACUAGACCCUAGCCGUCCAAAAACUUUUUCUAAAAACAUCGUAUCGAAUCUUUUGACACCUAAAUAAAACAUUAAAUAUGUAUAAACAU